CAGGAUGAGCUUCAGCGAGCUGAGCCCAGGUGCAGGUCCCAGUGCCUCUGCGCCUCUGCCCGAGGGGCUGGUUCAGCAGCAAUACAGGGAGGAGAAGAGUCUGCUGAGGCAAAGGCGCUGGGAGAGGCUGGGGUUAUCUCAGAAGAAGAAGGCGUCCCCGGGCCACGUGAGACGCAGGCACCGCGACCAUAUGGCUCCUUACGCAGUGGAAAGGAACACCGGAUCUUCUCCAGAUGACAGAGCUCAGAAUCGGAUCCGAUGUGAAUGUCGAUACUGCCAGGGCCAUGGGCCAUCCACGGGGGUUUCAGGGGAAGGAAAUGCCACCGCCAGUUCUUCCUCUUGGGAGUCGCUGGUACAGGGCCUCAGUGGCUUGACCCUCAGCAUGGGCACCAACCAGCCUAGCCUUCUGCCAGAGGGGGCGCAGCAGCAGCAGCAGCCACCUGAAGAGAGGUGCCCACGGGAGAGGCAGCAGGAAAACAAGAAGAUGUUCCAGAGGCUGCUCAAGCAGUGGCUGAAAGACAACUGA